AAUCGUUGCAUGAAACUUGCAAUUUCCCUUGAGAUUAUGAUUCACUGAGAUGUUUGUUGAUCACCACUGUCUUUAUCAAAGCGUUGUUCGAAGGGAAACCCUUGGAAAACCAAAAAUAGAUAGAAAAAGAGGAUAUUUUCAAAGUCCAUCAUGUUCAGAAGAGUCAAUUAGUAAAAAGAAACCCGAAUCUUCUUCCAAAGCAGGUUAUUUUAAGACCAAAGUGGAACCUUUUUAUGAGCGUGGAAGUGGUUCUCGUCCAAUAUGGGAUUUGAGACCUGUUGAUUUGAAAAGACAAACAGGAGUAGAGAAUUCGGAGCUUUGUUCUCAGUGCAACGGCACAGGAGAAACGCUAUGUGCACUGUGUGAAGGCGUUGAUUAUUAUGCGAAAGAUGGCUCUGGGAAGGUUACAUGUCCUGCUUGCAACGAUAAGAAAUAUGUUCCUUGUCACUUUUGCUAUGCCACUGGAAAGGCUAUUCAACUGAAAGAAGGCUGGUGGGAACAGGAUUUGGAGAAGCAAGUAAGAAAAUAAACUUGUUUUAGAAACAGCCAUCU